AGAUCUCGAUAUCAAAAGAAUAGUGCAUAACAUCAGCAGCCUAUUAAUGAAAAAAAUCAAAGCGGUACACUGAAGUUUAAGAACUUUGACUGACAGGUAGAAGCGGUUACAUCGGGAUGUGAUGAAAAACUGUGUAUUCGAAAUAUUAGGAGACUUCUGAAUUUCUUUCGCCAGGUAGGGUCAUUGGAUUAACAGGAUGUUUAAACUUUUAUAAAUUAUAAUGAGACGUGUAGGAAAAUUGAACCAACCAUUACCUAUUUGAGCUCAAAUGUGGAAAAAAGUAACCAAAAUGAGAGUUAGGACAACAAAAAUUUCAUCAAAGUGUGUCUUAAAACUAUUCCUUAUCUUAACUUUUGCUGUGUUUUUACCUAUAAUGUUACCGUCGCUAAGGAAAGGAAACACUCGAAUCGUGGGUAGGAGAUCAACCAUGCAAGAUGUUAUGAAAGAUAUUAAGCUGGAACUAAAAAAGCCUUUGUCUGUACCAAUUAAAACGAAAGAAAUGCAGAAUAAAGUGUUUUCUAUUGCAAACUUUCCAUUUCUUAAUUUCACUUCUUUUAGUUUGGAACCAAAGACAGAUUGCACAAACUUGCAGCUGAUAGCAUUAAUCCAUUCUUCACCCUAUCACUUUGAACGUCGUGAAACGAUACGGCGAACAUGGACAAACCAAUCUUACUUUUCAGUGUUUGGGCCUGUAAAAAGGAUUUUUCUUUUCGGGACAGUCGAUAACGAUCAAUUGCAAAAAGCUAUUUCAACUGAACAUCAUAUUUGUGGUGAUAUUUUGCAAGGCCAGUUCAUAGAUAAUUACUACAAUUUAUCAUUUAAUACUAUGACUGGAUUAAAAUGGAUUAUAAACAGAUGUGAUAAUGUUCAAACUGUGAUGAAAGUUGAUGAUGAUAUUGUUAUUAAUAUGUUUAGACUUCUCAACAAUACAGUUUUAACUUUAGUUAAAAAAUCAAGACAAGUUUUCUGCCGUUACAGCAGAGGUAAUAUCUUUCGAAACCCUAAGUCCAAAUGGUAUUUACCUGACAGCUUAUUUGCAGGAGAAACAAAAUACCCUAGUUACUGUGAAGGUAAACUUGUUUUAAUGACGUUUGAUAUCAUACCGUCUUUGUAUAAUGUUGCGUUGAAUACGCCAUAUUUUUUCAUAGAAGACGUGUUCAUGUAUGGUUUAGUAAUGAACAAAAUAGAAGGAGUAUCAUUUCUACAAUUAAAAUGGGGUUCUGAUAUGAUGCUUAAUGGUUCUGCGGCAAGGACAUGUCUUAUGAAAAAGAAACACAAUUGCAGCGUUUACGUAGCAGGCGUGUCGUCCGAUGAAGAAAUGGAAGAAUUGUGGUUUCUCUUUAGACAAUAAUUCAUGUUAAAUCACCUCUUUAAUUAAGCAUUUUGUAUGUACGCAUGAUCAAUUUUAUACUGAAUUUCAAUUCCAAACACUUUCAAAUAUAUUAAAAAGAACAUUUGAAUAUCAGUAACGUUGGAAUUUAGUUUUAGAAUAUUAUUGACAGUUUUUUGGGGGGAACUGUGAUUAAAGUACUAAGUCAGUUCAUUUACAAGAACUCGUUUCAAGAAUUUCGAAUGGGUUUUGAAAACUCUUCUGAAACAUUUCUUUACAAAUCAAGAAUAGUUAUGCUCCGUUUUGGAACAUGAAUUAUGGAGGAUAAUAGUUUACCAAAAUGCUAGCAAUAGGUCUAGGAAAGGCAUUAUAGUUAUUCGCUGAUGGAAUUUUCCGUGCAAUCUCUAUUGUAAACUUUCCUGAGACGGUCUUUUAACUCGUUUCUUUUACGAUUGUUCGUGUGAUCGUGCAAUCAAAUGAUAUCUAAACGGGAAACAAGAAUCCAGAAUCGUUCAAUCUAUAAAAGCUUCUUGGGAGUUCCCAAUAAGUGGAUUGUUCACCAAAAAUAACAAUCACCAAUGCCGCAGUCUAUUCUUUAACAGUAAAAUAGAUUUUUCUUUACAAUGAUUAAAAUGUAAUGUGCUCAUGUAAAUAACUGUUUGAUGUUAUGUGUCUGUCAGAUGUUGAUCAGUCUUAAAUAUUCACUGAGAAUUGAUUAUUUAUUAACUGAAAACAUAUCAUUGAUUCCUACCUUGAAGGUCAAGAUCACACUUACAGGUCAGAGGUCAAGUCAGUCAGCUAUUAGCCUUAUUGUAAAUGUGACAUGCAUGAAGCACUUUUUUUAGCAGAAAUAAUUGUACAACAAUAUUGUGGUCAAAGUGUCAGGGUCACAUAUAAGGGUCAAAGGUGGUGCCUGAUUCAGUUAAAAUAAUAAUGCACAUCAUCACCUUUGUAAAAUCAGAUAUUCUGAAAAUUGAUUAGAAAAGUUUCAAGGAAUAUUUUCCAAAAUUUGCUCAUUGUACAUGUAAUUAUGCAUGAAACAUUAUAUAUAGACAGAAAACAAUUUUUAUAUACCAGCUUAACAAAGCCAUUUAUAUUUAGUUUAAAGUAUAUGCGAGGAAGAGUGUAAUAAUAUCCGCUGACUAAUAUGCAUAUAGAUAUAUGUGUGGGUAAAACGUCAGUGAAAUGCUAAUUUGGUCAGUGACAGUACAUGGAAUUUCAUUUGUCCUUGUUGAUGGUAUCUUUAUCUCUGGGAAGGACUUUAAUGCAUCUUUGUUGAUUGUCUGAUUUUCUGGUAGACAAAGGUCUGACGCUUACUUCGCGUCUAUAUGGCACCUGUUACAGACCUUACAAGCUAUAUUGCUAUGUACCGAAUAAUAUUUUCAGUGCAAAAUGAUUUCCUAAGAGAUUUUGUUUUCAAUUUUAUUAUCUACAUUGGUAUGUCUAAAUGAAAAGGAAGAGCCAAACUUGAAUAUGAGCAAUAAUUGAACAGUUCAUCUACUUGUCCAAAUCUUUAUGUCUAGAUUAUUAUGCCUAUGCUCACCCCACACCCUUCCCCAACCUUUCCUUUCAAUGGAGAAGGUGUAUAUUGCUUCUGUCAGACGGUAGAAAGUCCUGUUACUGAUCAAUAACAAGAAAAUAAUUGUGUCUACAGUACUGAAACUUUAUAGGACGAUUGACUGUCGUCAGAAGCUCACAUUUAUUGUAUUUUUGUGUAUCAAGGUCAAAGUGGUAUGGAGACUGAAACAAAAAAAAACAUUUCUAAUAGCUGAAUUAGAUAACUAAUCAGACAUAAAUUUUAAACAUUUACACGUUGAAUGCGAAUGUCUUUUCUCACUUUAAUGUCGAAAAUACGAUGUAGA